AUGGAUUUCAAACGUAAUAGUGUGAUUGCUUUAUAUUUUGCUGGAAAAUCACAACCAGCGAUUGUUCGUGAGCUCAAUCACCUUAAAGUGAAUAAAGUUUUUGUUUAUCGCACCAUAGAUCGUUAUAAUAAUGCUGGUAGCAUUGCAAAACGUCAUGGAGGUGGUCAUCAAAAGACUGAAACGUCACGUGAGAUGGUUCAAAAAGUGAGGAAGCGACUUGAGCGAAAUCCCCGACGAAAAGCCAAUCAAAUGGCAAAAGAACUGAAAAUAUCCAACCAUAGCAUCCGCCGUAUUCUGAAAAAUGAUCUCAAGAUCAAGCCUUACAAGAUCCAAAAGGCGCAUGAUCUCACACCGAAGCAGCAACAAGUUAGACUUGAGAGAGCGAAGGAGUUCCUUCGCUUGCCUGAAAGCGGUUAA